AUGGCGUUUCAAAUUGGACCGUGGAGAACCGACGCCCAAGGCCAUCUGACCGCAGAUGAAAACGGUGACUCCAAGACCGAUUAUGCCCGCUGGCGUCUGGUCAAUGAGGAAGGCCGCCAGACAUGGCGUUAUUUGGAGUCCGACGAGGAACUUGAAGAUUGGCCCCAGUCUAUAGCUGACAAGUACCACCUGGGCAUGCCAACGGGUCUGCCGGAGCUGCCACAGGCAAAGACGCCGCUAGAAGCCGCGGAGAAUGGUCUGUCCUUCUUCUCGCGCUUGCAGCUCGACGCGGGCAAUUGGGCCUGCGAGUACGGUGGCCCCAUGUUCCUGCUGCCGGGCAUUCUGAUCACUUAUUAUGUGACCAACACCCCUAUUCCUCCAGAGUAUGCCACGGAGAUCACCCGCUAUCUCUUUGCCCGGCAGCACCCCGAGGAUGGCGGCUGGGGUCUGCACAUUGAAGCUCACAGCUCGGUCUUUGGGACCUGCAUGAACUACGUGGCCCUUCGCUUGGUGGGUGUCAGUGAAGACGAUCCUCGUAUGGUCAAGGCCCGGGGCCUGCUGCACAAGUUUGGCGGCGCCCUUUACGGACCCCAUUGGUCCAAGUUCUGGCUGAGCAUCCUUGGUGUGAUGGAGUGGGAGGGCGUGAACCCCGUUCCUCCCGAGAUCUGGCUCCUCCCUGAUUGGGUCCCCUUUGCGCCCUGGCGCUGGUGGAUCCACAUGCGCCAGGUCUUCCUGCCCAUGUCCUAUCUGUGGUCGAAGAAGUUCAGCCACCCAUUGGAUUCAUUCACAAAACAGCUUCGGCAAGAGCUGUACACGCAGCCCUACGAUACCAUUGACUUUGCGGCCCACCGCAACUCAAUUCACGAAGCAGAUAAUUACUAUCCCAAGACGUGGUUGUUGAAUUCCAUCAACGAAGUGCUCGUUCGGCUGUAUAACCCCUUCUUCCGCGUGCAGGCCAUUGUCAACCGUGCGGAAGAGUGGACUUGGGAGUUGAUCCGUAUGGAGGAUGAGAACACUGACUACGCGGGGUUGGGACCCGUCAAUAACCCGAUGAACAUGGUGGCUUGCUAUGUCCAUGACGGACCGGACAGCUAUUCAGUUCGGCGGCACCGAGAGCGUUUGAAUGACUACAUGUGGAUGAAGGACGAGGGAAUGUUGGCGAACGGCACCAACGGCGUGCAAGUGUGGGAUACGGCCUUCAUUACCCAGGCAAUUGUCGUCGCCGGGUUCGCAGAUGAACCUAAGUGGCGGCCGAUGUUGAAUCGUGCGCUGGAAUUCCUCGAAGAUCACCAGCUCCGAGAGAAUGUACCAGACCAGGAGAAAUGCUAUCGUCAGCACCGCAAGGGCGCUUGGCCCUUCAGCACCAAGACCCAGGGCUAUACAGUCAGUGACUGCACAGCCGAGGGUCUGCGAUCGGCCAUUCAGCUGCAGGAGAUGCACAACUUCGACAAGGUGAUCUCGGUUGAGCGGUUGAAGGACAGCGUCGAUUGUCUGCUGCUCAUGCAGAACCCAUCCGGCGGGUUUACGGAGUACGAAACGACCCGUGCUUCGCCGAAGGUUGAGUGGCUGAACGCCGCCGAAGUAUUUGGAGGUAUCAUGAUCGGCUACGACUACCCAGAGUGUACGACCGCAUCUGUUACCGCACUGUCACUCUUCAGCAAAUACUACCCCGACUACCGCGCGGACGAAAUCCGCGCCGCGAAGGACAAGGCCGUGGCAUAUAUCAAGCGCGUGCAACGACCAGAUGGCAGCUGGUACGGAUCAUGGGGCAUCUGCUUCACCUACGCGGCCAUGUUCGCACUGGAGAGUCUGGCCAGCAUUGGCGAGACGUACGAGACGAGCGAGGACUCCCGCCGCGGGUGCGAUUUCCUGAUCUCGAAGCAGCAGGCCGAUGGCGGCUGGGGCGAGUCGUACCUCAGCAGUGAGAAGCAUGUUUACGUUCAGCACGAGAUGUCGCAGGUCGUGCAGACGGCGUGGGCCUGUUUGGCACUGAUGGAGGCGCGCUACCCGCAUAAGGAGCCGAUUGAGAAAGGCAUGAAGCUGCUGAUGGCUCGCCAGCAGCGCAAUGGUGAGUGGCUGCAAGAGGCCAUUGAGGGUGUUUUCAACCAAUCCUGCAUGAUCUCCUAUCCCAACUACAAGUUCUACUGGCCCAUCCGCGCGUUGGGUUUAUACAGCCGGCAAUACAGCAACGAGGCGCUGAUGUGA